AUGGUGAGAGGGAAGACAGAAAUGAAGCGUAUAGAGAACGCAACAAGCAGACAAGUAACAUUCUCAAAGAGAAGAAAUGGUUUGAUGAAGAAAGCUUUUGAGUUAUCAGUUCUGUGUGAUGCUCAAGUUGCUCUUAUUGUUUUUUCACCAAGAGGGAGACUUUAUGAAUUUGCAAGCUCAAGCACUCUAGAAACAAUUGAAAGAUACUGCAAUCAUAGCAGAAAUAAUAAUACUUCAACAACAUCUGAAUCAGUUGAAAAUACCCAGCAUUUGAAGGAAGAAGCAGAAAACAUGAUGAAAAAGAUUGAGCUUCUUGAGACUUCAAAACGAAAACUGUUAGGAGAAGGUUUAGGGAGUUGUUCCAUUGAUGAACUAGAACGGAUAGAGCAACAGUUGGAAAGGAGUAUAACCAAAAUUCGAGCGAAAAAGAUUCAGGUUUACAGGGAACAAAUUGAUCAGCUAAAAGAAAAGGAAAAAGCCUUAGUUGCUGAAAAUGUUAGGCUCUCUGAGAAGGUGAAUUUUUCAUCACAGCAAGCAAGAAAACCUUAUGCAGAUUAUAUUAGUCUAAGUUCUUAUGUGGAGACUGAGUUGUUCAUUGGACUUCCAGAAACAAGAACAAGGUGA